AAAGACUAUACUUUAUGUUAAAGUUGAUGGUGAAUAUCGUCGAGUUUUUAUAUUAAUUAAUACAUCCGUUAUUAAUAUUAGUAAUUUAAUUGAUUGUUUUCUUAUACAAUAUGAACCAACAUUGAUUGCAGAAGAAAUUCUACCAAUUAAAUUAGUUAAUAAUAACUUUAAGGAAUCAUACAACAUUUGGAAGUCUCUUAAUGAAAUACGUGAAGAAGAAUUUGCUUUUCUACAAUGUCCGAAAAAAACAUUGAAUGAAAAAUAUAUUCUAUGUGAAUUUUUUGAUUUUUCUAUUAAUGGAUCAUUUCGUCCACCGACUGUUCUAGUUUGUCCAACUCAAAAUUGUUCUUAUAUUCAUUUAUCAGAUCAAAUUGACCAAAUUCUUGGUCAUCUUUGUUCCGUAACUAAUGCACCAAUUUCUGCUUGUCAUUUAUAUUGGACUGAUUCCUAUGACAAACGAUAUAAAUUGAGAACAAACGAAAAAUUACCAUAUUUGACUCGAAUCACUAUUGAAAUGUCUGCUGAAUGGAUCGAUAUUUACAAAGUAUAUGAUAAUAUUAAUAAUUCAAGGGAUAAUUCAGCAUUAACUAGUUUAUUAGCCGAUUUUUUUCAUGAAGAACCUCUCGAUGAUGAUUACCAUUGUCUUAUAUGUUCAAAAUUAACGAAAGCUCGACAAAAAUCUAGUUUAUGUUUGCCAUUACCACAAAUACUCAUUAUUCAAUUAAAAAGAUUUACUUAUGAUAUUCAUUCAAAUGAUAAAAUUGAUACACAUAUCUCAUUUCCUCUAUAUGAAUUAGAUCUUAAGGAAUAUUUAGUAAAAAAUACUAAUAAUCAACACGAAAAUGAUUUAUCAACAAAAUAUAAUCUUGUUAGUGUUUCCAAUCAUACAGGUAGUCUCAUAUCUGGACAUUAUAUAACAUAUGCAAAAAAUGUUCAAGAUGGUAAUUGGUAUCAAUUUGAUGAUAAAGUUGUUAAAAAACUUAAUAAUGAUAAUGAUAUUGUUACUAAAAAUGCAUAUCUACUUGUUUAUGUACGAACAACUCGAUGA